AUGGCGGGAUCCGAAUCUCAGAUUUAUCACGAGCGCCAACGAUUGCAAUUUUGCCUCUUGCACUGCCUUAACAAUCUGUUUCAGGAGAAGGACGCAUUCACGCGGGAAAGCUUGAACUCAAUCGCGGAGAAGCUCGUCGCCGAUGACCCGAACAAAGAAACGUGGACGCCUCUCUUUUUCCUCCUCAAGCCUCACCACAACACGCUCACCGGAAACUACGACGUGAACGUGAUGAUCGCAGCUCUUGAAGGCAAAGGCAAGAGUGUUGGUUGGCAUGAUAAGCGUAACGGAGCUUCUUCGAUUGAUCUCGAUUCAGAUACUCUAAUGGGUAUCGUGUUGAAUAUUCCGGUCAAGCGGUAUGGUGGACUCUGGAGAGGUAGGCAUUGGGUUGUGAUGAGAAAAAUCGAUGGAGUUUGGUGCAGAGAUUUUGCUAGUGAACAGUUCUUAACGGAUCAACAAACCUCAGACUCAAGGAAGGUAUCAACGAUCUAUAAAACUACAGGAACAAAACGGUUCACUGCAAACACUAAACCACCAUGUGGUAAGAAUCCGGGAUGCACAACAAGCUGUGGCUUGAGGCUACCGAGGAAUACAGAAGUCACAGCAGCAAGACUGAUCAAGGAUCUCAUCGGCUGUAAAUUCGUUAAGGGGUUACGUCUGGUGCUGAUGAGGAAUAAGAAGAAGACGAAGAAGAGGAGAUCUCCACCAUCAAAGGCUUCUUCCACCGGUAGAUCUCAGCCUUCUAUCAUCUCUGUCUCUAAUGAUACAUGUAGAUCAGAGGCUAUAGAAGACUGCAUACAGUUCAUAAACUCAUCCACCUCCUUCACAAGAUCAAGUUCUGCAAGUGGCCGUACGUCUUAA